GCCACAACCAAAACCCUCCCGAACCAUGUCCGCGCCAGCUCUCCGCCUAGCCGCGUUGCUGCUCGCCACCGUCGCGAUCGCCGCCGCGCCGGCCGCGGCGGCGCGCGCGGGGCCGCGGCUCGCCGGCGGGUGGGGCCCGAUCAAGGACGUGAGCGACCCGCACAUCCAGGAGCUCGGCGGCUGGGCGGUGGCGGAGCACGCCAGGCGGGCUAACGACGGACUCCGGUUCGGCGGGGUGUCCCGCGGCGAGGAGCAGGUGGUGUCCGGGAUGAACUACAACCUCGUCCUCGACGCGACGGACGCCAACGGGGCGACCGCGGCGUACGGGGCGUUCGUGUACGAGCAGGUGUGGACCAACACCCGGGAGCUCAUGUCCUUCGCGGCGCUGAACUGACCAGGAACGUAAACGGCGGCCGGCAUGCAGUAGCUUGGAGGCUUGGAGCUUGCUGCUGGUUGGGUUAGAGCAACUAUGACCUCCGAUCCGAGCUUGGAGAUAUGGCUUGUAGUAAUAAUCUCGUGGGUCUCAAAGACCUCAAAUAAGCCAUGUUGGCAUCUUGCUACAUCGAUCUCUUUAUUUUGUGUGCGUAAG